UUUAUACCACACAACCUUCCUUUUUUUUUUUCGCCCCUUUCCUCUCCAUAAUUGACGAUUGCAUCCACGGGACAGCUUCUGGUAUAUUACAGUUUCACAACUGACCAUCCCCUACUCCUCCACACCUCAACAACCGCCACCAUGGUCAUCCAACGCAACCAGCCAUGCUACGUCCUCGGCGUGGGCAUGACCAAAUUCAUCAAACCCCGCGGAAAAGUCGACUACACCGAGCUCGGUUUCGAAGCCGGCAUCAAAGCCAUGCUGGAUGCGCAAAUCAACUACGACGACGUGGACCAAGGGGUGGCUUGCUACUGCUACGGCGACUCAACCUGUGGGCAGCGUGUAUUCUACCAAUUUGGCAUGACCCAAAUCCCCAUCUAUAACGUUAAUAACAACUGCUCUACCGGCUCUACGGGUCUUCAUCUCGCGAGAAAUGUUAUUAGCCAUGGAGGCGCGGAUUGUAUUCUGGUUGUGGGAUUCGAGAAGAUGAAUCCCGGCUCUCUGCAGAGUUUCUGGAACGACAGAGCGAAUCCUACGGGCACGAGCGGAGAGAUGAUGGCUGCUACAAGGGGAGUCACGAAUGCACCAGGAGCAGCACAGAUGUUUGGCAACGCAGGGCGGGAAUACAUGGAGAAGUUCGGCGCCAAACCCGAAGACUUCGCCGAAAUCGCACGUAUCAACCACGAGCACUCGCAGCGCAACCCCUACUCGCAAUUCCAAGACGUCUACACGCUCGAGCAAAUCAUGAAAGCGCCCAUGAUCCACGAGCCGCUCACCAAGCUGCAAUGCUGCCCGACCUCCGACGGCGGCGCCGCCGCCGUGCUCGUCUCGCAAGAUUUCCUCGACGCGCGUCCACACCUCAAAGACCAAGCGGUCCUGAUCGCAGGCCAGUGCAUGGCGACCGACGCGCCGUCUCUGUUCUCAAGGUCCGCGAUCGAUCUCAUGGGUUUCGAGAUGACGAAAUAUGCGGCUAAGACUGCGAUGGCGGAGGCGGGCGUCAAGCCGGACGAGAUCAAGGUCUGCGAGUUACAUGAUUGCUUUUCUGCGAAUGAGAUGAUUGUUAUUGAUGCCAUGGGGCUUUCUCCACCGGGGAAAGCGCAUGAACUUGUUCGAGGUGGAGGCAUUACUUACGGCGGGAAGGUCGUCAUUAAUCCCUCCGGCGGCUUGAUUUCCAAAGGGCAUCCGCUUGGUGCGUCUGGUAUUGCUCAGUGUGCGGAACUUGUUUGGCAUUUGAGAGGAUGGGCGAAUAAUCGGUUGGUUGAUGGGACGAAGGUUGCGUUGCAGCAUAAUUUGGGGCUUGGAGGUGCGGUCGUGGUCACGAUUUAUAAGAGGGCGGAUGGGAAGACGAGUCGGAAGGUGGAGGACAGUGAGGUUGGCAAGAGGAAUAAGUUAGGGUAUAACCCUGCUGUCGUUGCUAAAGGGUUUACAGAGGAGCAGGCGACGAGUGUGAGGAGUAGGAAUAAGAAGAGUGCGUGGGCCUUGGGAGAUGUGGAGAAGAAGGUCGAGGCUAGAUUUUAAUUUACAAAAUAGUCUGUUAUGUUACGUAUAUUAGGAGUUUUAGGAUCGAAUUGAAAAUCUUUUCAACAUUGGAUUUUUUGCAAGGUUUGCUGCAGUUAUAGCGUGGAGAAAAUAC